CUAUGCAGUAGUCUACCUAACACACACGUUCCUUUCAUUCUUUUUUUUUUCAAUUUAAAUCGACGAUGAAAACGCUAUAGCCACAGAAUAAAAAACAAUUGUUUUAUAUAUAGUGGGAAAGCAUAUAUAUAUCAGGCAAUGACGUAUGAUGAACAAAAACUUGCUGUUAUUGAACAAUUUAGUCGAUUAUUUAAUAAAUCGAUUGAAUUUAUUCGUUCAGAAUUCAUUGAAAUAUUACAUACAGAUUGGACAGAAGAAGAAUAUGAGCGUGGAGGAUAUGAAUCGUUUUGUACACCAGGUAAAUUGAUAUUAGAGGGAGAUGCGUUGAAAAAACCAAUUGAUAGACUUCUCUUUGCUGGUACCGAGACAGCUGCUCAUUAUAAAGGCUAUAUUGAUGGUGCUAUCGAAGCUGGCUAUAGAGCAGCAGAUGAAGUAGCUUCAAUGUUGUGCAUUGAUAGAAUUUCGGUACAGUGA